AUCCUGCAGCUCAGGCAACCAGCAACACAAGAGUUACUUCAAGAGAACGGCGGGAGCUUAUCUCAAAGCCGUACUGUACCUUACUGCGAAAUAUCGAGUCGUCUAGUACAAUAUCAUUCGAGGACCUUGUUGGCACAACUACACUCCUCACUGACAUCAUGGGCUGCUCGCAAUCCUCCACCAUCGUCUCCAGGGGCGGUAACAACACAGACUGUGACAAUUGCACGGAUUGUCACAACUGCACGGACUGCACUGACUGCGUAUCAUGCUCGAGCUGCACUUUCUCCUCGGGCUGCGAGCGCUGCUCGAACUGCAUACGCAACGCCCAGUGCCGUGACAGUCACAACUGCACGGCGUGCUCGGAAUGCGUGCGGUGUCGGAACUGUACGGGCUGUAUUGAUUGCACAUCCUGCAGCAACUGCACGUCCUGCACCGGCUGCACCUCAGAGAAAAACAGCACAGACUGCACCAACUGCUCUGGUGGCCACAAUAACACGAAUUGCACGGAUUGCAUCGGCGGCCACAACAAUACGAACUGCUCUAAUUGUGUCAACUGCAGUAAUUGCACUGACUGCAGCGGCCUGGAGAACGCGAGGAAUCAGACGGGCGUGCACAAGGAUCGGAAGGUAAAGGUGAAGACGCAGGAGGCGCUGACUGAGGAGGGCGCAGAUGAUGGAUAUGGAGAUGCUCCACCGGCGUACAGCGUUGAGGGCAAGAAGUGAGAUGUACCUGUGUGAGUGUGGAGGGAUAUGGAUUAUGAGAUGUUAGGCAAACCUAUGUUCACGUCGGUAACUUCGUAUUGAGUUCAAUUUGUAAGAUUGAUGAUCUCGCUGUGCUCUAUCCCGAAGCCUGCUGU